GAGAGAUAAAUCAAGAUGCAAAGAUCCUUUAUUCAUCUACUGUGAAGAAGGCAACUGGACAGCUUAUAGGAGCAACAUUCGGCAACAUUUCUCAACUUCUGGAUGUGCUUGAAAACUUGGCUCAGGCACCAAGAAGUUCUCAUGCGAGUGUGAGGAUAAGGACACGGAGAGCCAGAGCUGGUGUGGCAACGACUGCAGUGCAGUGCGCCAGCUUAACCUGCUCCCUCUGAGGUCAAAGUGUUUGCUCCAACCUGAAGCAAGGAUCUUUUUUUCUCGCACUGUGUAAGGAGCCUGAAGGAGCUCCACCAGCCAUCCAAGGGCCAUCAGAAUGAGUGACAAUACCACUCUGGUUCCUCCAGCUUCAAACCAGGGUCCCACCACCCUACACAAAGGGCCCCCCAAGUUCAAGCAGAGGCAGACUCGCCAAUUCAAGAGCAAACCUCCCAAGAAAGGUGUGAAAGGGUUUGGAGAUGACAUUCCAGGCAUGGAGGGGCUAGGAACAGAUAUCACGGUGAUUUGCCCCUGGGAGGCGUUCAGCCACCUGGAACUGCAUGAGCUCAUUCAGUUUGGGAUCAUCUGAGGCACGAGGGGCUCGACCACUCAAAGAGUAUCCGCUGUAACUUUGGCUGCAUUUACCCUAUGUAUCUAUCUGCCGGAGUCUUGAAGCUCAGUCUUGUUUGGAAGAGGUUUCUUUGGCUCACACGGUCAUUUCCUUUUAAGUCACUAUUCAGAGUUUUCUUCGUGUCAGGCUCUGUCGUGCAGCAUAGUUUAGCUCAGAAGAGUGGCUGAAAACUGCCUUUUGUUAGGGCACUUCAAACUUUCCCACCUUUUCCUAUCUACUGGUUACAAGUCAUCAAUAUUUGUCUAAAUUUUGUUUAUUUGUUAAGUCUUUCAAAUCUCUUUUUGCUAGGGAGGCUUUCUGAUUAGUAGGAGACUUUGAAGAUAACAUUUAUGUUGCUCCCCUCCCCUUCUCAUUUAAUAAAGGAGAUCUUUACCUGGA